AAAUUUUUGGGCGGAAUUAAGUUAAAUUGUGCGUCGUUUUUCAAAAUUUUAAACUUAAAAUUACCAAUUUAUUCAGUAGUAAAAUUUUAUUUUAAUAAUUAUGAACAAUUUCUCACUUGGGUUCUCGUCUUAAGCUACCACGACAAUGCAACAGCCUCUUGGUCUUGGUUUUAGCGGUUUUGGUGGGGGCGGAAGUUUGUUAGGAGGGUCAGCCGCUCCGGCCAGCUCUGUCCCAACAGGACUUGGUGGGUUUAGCGGAUUCGGACAGGCUUCUAAUGCCAGCUCUAAUGGGUUUUCAUUAGGAGGGGGCGGAACAUCUCAGCCACAACAGUCCACUGCUUUCUUUGGUUUACCAGCUGCUACUACAUCUACCACAGGUGCUCUUCCUGACCCAGUAUUGGGAGGUGGCCUAGCACUAACCAUGACUACUACAUCUGCUCUGACCUUUGGCUUCAACAGCUUAUCAGCACAGUCAGUUGCAGCAGCAACAACAACAACUAACAUCUUCUCGAACUCAUCCACACAACAAUUUCAAGGGCUUGGUGGGACGGAUUUCAAGCCAUUGUCCAGUGGAGCGAGUGCAGUCACUACGGACAAUUCUAAAAUUAGCAGUGGAACUGUCAAGAGUGUGAAAGACCAUAUCAUUCUACCCACAUUCAUAUCUCUUGUUGAAGAUUUCAAUAAGAACGUUCGAUCUCAAAAGAGUAUUCGCGAGUCGAUAUCCCGUUCGUCACAAAAGUCGUUGCUGAAGAUCGAAGAAGACGUCAGAGACCUGAGGCAGCAGAUGAAUUUCGUGGCUGCAUCCUUGCAGAAAAUUUCAACGUGCGUCGAUUCGCUGAAGAAAGAAUCUACCCAAGAGCUGAGAAAUGCAGAGAUAGCCCAGAGGACGAACGACUUGUCCCAGCACAUGCUUCAGUCUGAUUACAAGUCGCCUUAUGAAUACUUCCAGAACUUGUUGGUGAAGUUCGAGCAAGAGAUGGACUUGUGCAGGACUCAGUUCAGUGAGGUUGAGACCUACCUGGAAUCUCUCAACUCCAAUAACUUAGCCACUCCCGCCGAACUCUCAUGCAUUUUCGACAAGUUGAACGAGGGCUUCCUUUUCCUGGCCGCCAAACUACAAGUAGUCCAUGAACUCGUCAAGGCCAAGAAAGAAUUAUUCCAAAGUUACAAAAGAAACGACAUAUACUCAGACAGAGUUGAUUUCUUUAAGGCGCCUAGUAGCAAAAUUAUAAAUAAAAAUAACGCCACUACAGAUGAUAUAAACAACAUCAAUAGUACUUUAAAUAAUGCCCUAAGUAGUAUUAUUAAAAGUAGUAUUAGUAGUAAUGUUAGUAGUAGCAGUGGUGUCAAUGCAGUCGUCAGCAGUGGUAGUGGUAGCGUGAGUGGUAGCAGUAGGGCGGCCAGUCUUAAUCCAUUUCCCUAUAUAAACAAUAUGGCCUCGACUGCUAUGACGUCAGCAGUCGGUUCGCAGCAGCAACAACAACAACCUGGUUCCAUAGGAUUGUUUGGUCAACAACAGCAGCAACAACAACAGCAGCUGCAGCAGCAGAACAAAAUGUUGAAGCACAAUCUCUUCAACAGCAACCGCAACCAGAACAACAAUGCAGAUGACAGUAGUAGCUUUGUUCUCGGCUCCAAUCUGAACAACGACGCCAAUCUGAAAAUUGGUUGCAAAAGAGGAAAGCCAUUGAGUUGA